GGUACACAAAUUCAGGUUAUGUAUUGUUUAAUUUUAUCUUUCUUUAUGGCUUUAUCUACUUCAGUUGUUUCCUCACUAUGAUUCUUCAAGUGGAUAUGUGGGUUGUGAUGCCAUCUGACAGGUGGAACUGAAAGCUAUUUACAAGUAUGGAUGAUUUACUUGUCUUAAAUGUUUGUAGCAUCUUGUUUAGUAUAUCGUAAAUUAUCAGGACUGUGUGGGAGAUCAAACAAAAAACAUUGGUAGACAUGGCGAUUGACCGUGGGUGCUACGUAGAUCAGAGUCAGAGCUUAAAAAUAUCCACAUGGAUCAACCUGAUCCUGGGAAGCUCUCUUCCUUGCAUUUCUAUGCUUGGUCUAAGGUCUGCUAUCUCAACUCUUGUGCUGGUUUAGCUUGGUUUUGCUCAGUUUUUGGUGCUGAGUGGAGUGCAAGCUGCAGGAAAAAUGUGCUGCUGAGGGCAGAUGUGUACUCUAAUGUGCUGUUGGGCUUUUUCUGGUCAUGGACUGAUUGCUGUGGCUGUUUACUAUUGGAGGCUUCCUUCAGGUUGGAGACUUCCUUCAGGAUGAUCUUUGUGACAAGUAGAACAACAAUAAUUUAUGCCAUGGUCUUGGUAGAUAAUCUGCAAGAAUCUGGUCUGAGAAGGUUUGUGCAUCACUAUGCUGCUGUUGCUUCUGGUCUGGGUGGAUGGCUGCUGUGUUCUAUAGAUGGUGGAGCUGUAUGGCCUAGUGGGGGUAAGUUGCUAUGUUACUGCUGGAAUCUGUGUUGGGAUAUGUUUCCUGAUCUAUGUUUUGUUGGGAUAUGUUUGAUGGAAUCUGGUCUGCAGUUGUGGUGCUCUGUUUGGUAAUAUGUAUGCUGGUGUGAUAUGUGGAUGAAGCUGUUUGGCCUACAGGUUACUGCCUGGUCUGAGGCUGGAGAUUUCUGGCAGUAAGUUGUUCUGCUAUGUUGUAGUUGAGGUGCUGUCUAGUCAGUUGUGAACUGAGAAUGAGCUGCUGUGAUCUAGUUUGCACUAGUUGACCAAAUGAGUAUUGUUGUAGAAGGUUUUAAAACAAGUGCAAGUCUCCAGUAUUAAAUCUUUAUGUAUCUGUUCCUUUAAUGAACUUCCAUGUUCAUACUAUUCGACAAAUCUGGUAGACUUCAUUUUGUACAGAGUUAACGGAGUUUGCAAGAACAUGUAUUGUAUAUAAA